GAUGGAGGAUAUAGUCAUUGUUUGAGAAGUUUCUGUCAUUACGGUAAAAGGUAUUUCACAUUGAAACGGAACGAGGUUAUCGAGCUUUUCCAGAGUGUUUAGCGAAGAAGCAGACAGUUUAUUGACUGCUGUCAUGGCUUUACGAAUCUGUGGCUUUUUCCGACAGGGAAUCUACACAACGUCGGCUGUUUGGAGUGGAGCAGUCCGAGCUCGCCUGAAAAGCUCGUGUCCGGUUCAGAUCAGCCAUCUGGAUCAUCUCGUGCUGACGGUUCGGGAUGUGAAGAGAAGCACGGAUUUCUACUCUUCAGUCUUGGGAAUGGGUGUAGUUACAUUUAAGGGAAACCGUAAAGCAUUGAGCUUUGGAGAGCAGAAAUUCAACCUACAUGAGGUUGGGAAAGAGUUUGAGCCAAAAGCCAAUAAUCCUGUGCCGGGCUCAGCCGAUCUUUGUCUCAUCACGAAGACCCCACUAGAAACAGUCGCUGCCCAUCUGAAGGAAUGUGGUGUGAAGAUUGAGGAAGGGCCAGUCGAGAGGACAGGAGCGGUCGGCCCCAUCAAGUCCCUGUACUUCCGAGACCCUGACCACAACCUGAUAGAAGUUUCCAACUAUAGCAACUAAGACUUGAACAACAGCACACUAAUUGUGGAGGAAUCUGAUAUUUGUCUGUUACUCUCUUAACAAUAAAUCCUGGACCAAAAUCAUCCGAAAGAAUUGUGAAAAUACAAAACUGUAACACUUUUGAAAAUGUACAUUUCUGGUAGAUGCCUAUGGCAAAUGCAAUAAAAUAUAUCAUGUUUUUUUGAGA